CUCCAUACGAAUAUCGUCGACUGAGAUUUUCCAUCCAAUACACCAGAAUAUACAAGAUAAAUUUGGAGUUUUGGGGAAGUUCCCAGAUGCAUCAUUCGUGUAGGCCGCUCCGAUACCAUCUGGCAGUCGAUUCAUAUGGUUAGACCUGUCCAGUUCUAUCCACGCAUCGUCUCCGCAGGGCAUGAUGGAGCUGCUGUCUGUUAUUGAUUGGGGGAUCUUCUUCCUAAUCUUGAGUGUCUUGAAGCGUAUAAUUCCCAGCUGUGCCCCAAGAUGGCUGCUUAUUUCGACGUCACGGGAGAAGUAUACCGCAUUUUCAUCCACAAGACACUCUUGGAUCUCGACGGCACAGGAUUCAUGAGUAGCUAUAUAUUGGAAUAUGAUGAACAGAUGAGCGAGGGAAGAGAUGAUUCAUUUACUCUGCUCUUUACUCAUGAAAUGGAAUCGCCAGGCUUUAUUCGUCUCUCAUCCCCUAUUGCUUCGGACGGGGAGCUGAAUCAUAGCAAGAACAUCAACGCCCAUCUCAAUGCCUACUUUACCAGUCCCCGCAUCGACAGGGAUAUCUGCGAUGCAUCAUCCGGGAUGUCCUCGCAUUGGUAUGUUGAAUGGAUUUUCUGCAAGCAUGACUGUGCCUAUCUCCUCUUCAUCGACUGCUACCUGCACCGCCAGACCGGCGUACUUGAUAUUGCCCGCAACGGGCCCCUUGGAUGA